UGCCACUUCCACUACUGUUUAAGUUUAAUAUACCUUAAUAUUCUUUUUGUUUGGGUGGAGUGUGUGAAUUAAUCUAUUACAAACAAAUUUUUUAUUUUCUUUAGUGUUAAAAGCAGUUUGAACUUUGACAAUGAAUGAAUUAGAUAAACAACUGGCUGAAUUAGCCCUUAUAAAUCAAAUGGAUUUAAGAUCUGGUAAUGUAGGAACUCCAGGAAAGAAAGUUGGACCAGCUGUUCCACCAAAACCUAAGAAAACACAACCACAGAUACCUCAGUCGUAUUCCUUGAAACAUAAAGCUGUAGAGCCAAGCUACUCAUCUCGUUUACAAGCAACACAACUUUACUCCAAUGUUCCUCCUAGUAAUUUCCAAUCACAUUAUUCAAACACUCCAACAUUACCUUUAAACAGUAAAUAUGUGGAUCAAAGACCUGUGGACAACAACUACGCUAAUUUGUCAAAGAAUGAUCCAUCCAGUCAGUAUGCUAAUCUUCCUAGAAGUGCCUCUGCUAUGAGUAACACUUCCUCUUUAUCUAGACAAGGAAAUUAUGGUUCUAGCAUACAACAACCUAGCGAAUACGCUAUUAAACAGAGUUCUCAGCCAAGAGCAACAAAUAUAACUCCCAAGGGCUACUCAAAAAUGGAUAAUGUGACUUAUAGUAAUAUUCAGAUGGGUCCUUCCAGAAACCAAGAUGGCCUAAUUUAUAGCAAUAUUGUUCAUCCUCAACGAGAGGGUACUGUCUAUAGCAAUAUGCCUCCCAGCAACAAUGCAUACGCCAAUGGAGAUGAUUUGCCGCCGCCACCUCCGCCACUUGAUAUGUCUAAUGCUUUAGCUGACUAUGCACCAUGUACAGUGAACACCAGCUUACCCCCUCCUCCAAAGGAGUUAUUACCCCCUCCAUCGCCGGUUAGUUCGAGUUACAGUGAACUGAGGAGAGCUACCCAGCCAGGACAAGAUUUUCAUAAUUACAGCAUGGGAUCUCAAUCUUCCUCCACAUAUGAGUCCAUCUAUGAACCCAUCAACCCUCGCCCCCCAAGUCAGAUGUCAUCUCGUUCAAAUUAUUCACUAUACGCUCCGUACGUCAGUGGAGCUAGCAGUACUGCCACUGGUCCCAGUCAGUCGGUAAGCCGCAUUGGUCAUCCUAAGGAACAAGAAGUGGAUAGUUUGACUGAUCUACUAGUACAAGGAAUGAGAGGUGGAGAAGUGAGUGACGUUGAUCAGGAAGAUGUUUAUGGUAUUUGCGUAAAGUGUGGAGACAAGAUCAUAGGCGAGAAUAGUGGCUGUACUGCGAUGGACCAGUUAUACCACACCAAAUGCUUCACUUGCCACCAUUGUGCAAUAAAUUUACAGGGAAAACCCUUCUAUGCUCUAGAUGGUAAACCUUACUGUGAAGAAGACUAUUUGAAUACCCUUGAGAAGUGCUGUGUUUGUCAAAAACCAAUCCUAGAUAGAAUUUUGAGAGCCACUGGUAAACCCUAUCAUCCAAAAUGUUUCUGUUGUGUGGUUUGUGGUAAAAGCCUUGAUGGAAUACCUUUCACUGUAGACGCUACCAAUAGAGUCCACUGUAUAGAAGAUUUCCACAAAAUAUUUGCACCAAGAUGUUGGGUUUGCAAACAGCCCAUUAUGCCCGAACCCGGAGAAGAAGAAACAGUUAGGGUAGUAGCACUGGAUCAUAGUUUCCAUAUUCAAUGCUAUAAAUGUGAGGAUUGUGGACUUGUUCUCUCUUCAGAAGCAGAAGGAAGAGGUUGUUAUCCACUAGAUGGUCAUGUACUUUGUAAAAGCUGUAACGCUAAACGUGUACAAGCAUUGACAAGUCAUAUGACAACCGAAUUGUGAAAUCUAUACAGUCCUGACGCUCAAAUUUAAUGAAGGUGAUUACUGGCAACUUGAGGUUUUAGAAAGUAGAUUUAUAAGGUGAUACCCUUUACCUUUUAAAAUUGCCCUCGAAACAAUGAAGAACAAAGUUAUUAAAUAUGGAUGUGAAUUUUUUUACUGUUUUAGCACGUAUUGUAUAGAUUCUCAUGUUACGAAUGUUCAGAGUGUCUACUACGGUUUAAUCAUAUAAAUAUGGAGUUACGUCAUAAAGAUGAUGUUGUUCGGGUUUAAUCAGUCACAGUGUUGCCAAGAUCAAUUAAAACUUAAAUUAACCUUAAAAAAUAAUAAAAUUUUAGAUUCUAAGAUAAACUAAAUAAAUGAAAACAUGAAUUUACAUAAGUAAUAAAAAUAUUUUUAAUACUGUUUCAUGCUUUAAACGACUCGAGAGUAUAUACAGAAAAAAUUAAAACUGGCUUGGUUUGAUACAAAUGAUUACAUGAAAAUCGAUUACAAUGUUAUAAAAGUCCAGGACCGUCGCAACGAUAGUUAAAUAAUUGCGUUAAUUAAAUAUUAUAGCUAAAUAUAAAUUGUAAAUAAUAUUUAAUAAGGAACUAUCAAAAUUAAAAUAUUUGUCUUAAGAGCAUAGGUCGAAUAAGUGUGGCAUUACCUUCUAAGACUGUGGUCAAUAAUUUUUAGUUUUUUAGUAAACGGUUGUAAACAAGUAAGUGGCAGUUGAGCAUCAAAGUGACAUCCAAUUUCCUAAGAAUCUAUAUGUAACUAUUUUAGAUUAUUGUUGCUCAGUGGUAAGAGAGCCUACCUUUAAACCUAAAGGUCGUGAGUUCGAAUCUCACCUGGGUGGAAAUUUUCGUUUAUUAUAAAAAUUAAUAAAUGAAAAUAAUUCAUAACCUUGUGUGAUCGCUACUCACCAGAGGGACCGCAGACGUUCGGAUACAAUUAGCGUCUCUUAGCAAAGACAAUGACGUCAACUGUGCUAAGUAUCAAGACAAUUACUCUACACACACAAACACACACACACACACACACACACACACACACACACACACACACACACACCACACACACACACACACACACACACACACACACACACACACAC